UGCUCAGAGCGCGGCAGUCACUCCGCGGAUAAGGACACUCAGGUGCUCGGUGUUUUUACGCACGGAGGGGGGAUUACCUGACAAUGCUGACAACGUGAAGAGGAUAAAAAACCCACAAUAAAUCUUCGGGGAUAUUGUGUUUGAUUGUUGGCAUUUAGAAACUCAGCAUCUGUUUAAAGCGGGAGAACAUCUACAGUAGAAUGAAGGGAUUUACACCUUUCUGCAGCUUGAUUAUUGCUGCGCUACUUUUGGCCACCGUCUCUGCGACCAAGUUAAAUGUGCCGCGACUGAGGCUCUCCUACAAAGACCUGCUGUCCACCAACAGGUCGUCCAUCUUCAGCGGACAUCACGGGCAGCUCUCUCUGACCGCCGUCUUUCUGGACGAGUACCGUGACCGGCUCUUCCUGGGAGGGAAGGACGUCCUGUACUCGCUCCUGCUGGGACCCACCAGCAGCGAGUCCAAAGAGAUCUACUGGCCUCCAUUACCUGGCAACAGAGAGGACUGCAUCCAGACAGGGAAGGAGCCACAGACGGAAUGCGCCAACUUUGUUCGCCUCCUGCAGCCCUACAACCGCACUCACCUCCUGGCCUGUGGCACCGGUGCCUUCCAGCCCAUGUGUGCCUUCAUCUACGUGGGCCACAGAGGAGAGCAUGUGUUCACCAUGGACCCUCUGAAUGUGGAGAACGGACGAGGGAAGGUUCCACAUGACCCCAGCUUCCCCUUCGCCAGCACCUUCAGUGGUGGGGAGUUGUAUACAGGACUGACGGCAGAUUUCCUGGGAAGAGACUCGGUGAUCUUCAGGAGUAUGGGAGGUCGCUCCACCAUGAGGACAGAGACGGAUCAGAAACUCCUUCACGACCCCAAGUUCAUCGCUGCCCACCUCAUCCCGGACAACGACGACAGAGACAACGACAAAGUGUAUUUCUUUUUCACUGAGAAGGCCACCGAGGCAGGAGACAGGGAGGGAGCCAUUCACACCCGAGUCGGACGAGUGUGUGCGAAUGAUGUUGGAGGCCAGAGAGUGCUGGUCAAUAAGUGGAGCACCUUUAUCAAAGCCAGACUGGUGUGUUCGGUACCAGGACCUCAUGGCAUCGACACACACUUCAACCAGCUUGAGGAUGUUUUCCUGCUGAGGACCAAGGAUGAGAGGAACCCAGAUGUCUACGCAAUCUUCAGCACCAUCAGUAAUGUGUUCCAGGGCUUUGCUGUGUGUGUUUACCGUAUGGCUGAUAUCAGAGAAGCCUUCAAUGGACCUUUUGCUCAUAAAGAGGGUCCUGACUACCAGUGGGGGGCUUAUGAAGGCAGGGUUCCGUAUCCAAGACCAGGCGUGUGUCCCAGCAAAAUCACCAACCAGCCCGGCAAAGAGUUCGGCAGCACCAAGGACUUCCCCGAUUCGGUGCUGCAGUUUGCUCGCAGCCACCCGUUGAUGUGGCGGCCGGUGUUUCCAGCCCUGCGCCAACCUGUGCUCGUCAAAGCCAACAUUCCUUACAAGCUGAAACAGAUUGUGGUGGACCGGGUGGAGGCAGAAGACGGGCAGUAUGAUGUCAUGUUCAUUGGCACAGAUGUUGGUACAGUACUGAAGGUCAUCGCCCUGCACAGUGGAAACAGUCUGGAGACGGAGGAGGUCACGCUGGAGGAGCUGCAAGUCUUUAAGGUUCCAACUCAAAUUACAUCAAUGGACAUUUCUGUGAAGAGGCAAGCCCUGUACGUGGGCUCUCCGGCGGGUGUAGCUCAGGUGAAGCUGCAUCGAUGUGAGACUUACGGGAAAGCCUGCGCCGAGUGCUGCCUGGCCAGAGAUCCCUACUGCGCCUGGGACGGCUCGUCCUGCUCGAGAUACGUUCCCAACAGCAAACGCCGCUUCCGCAGACAAGACAUCCGGCAUGGAAACCCGGCGCUGCAGUGUGUGGACCAGAAUCUCAGUGACCUGGAUGUGAGCGAGGACAGGGUGGUAUACGGGACUGAGAACAACAGCACCUUCCUGGAGUGCGUUCCUCGUUCUCCACAAGCUACCGUCACCUGGCUGGUCCAACGCGACGACCGCAAGGAGGAGGUGAAGCUGGAUGAUCGUGUGAUGUCUACAGAGCAGGGUCUUCUGUUUCGUCGUCUCUUCCACCAGGAUGAAGGCCUUUACAUCUGCCGCUCUCGAGAGCAUGGCUUCACCCAGACCCUGGCCCGCCUCACCCUCGAAGUCCUUCCGGGGGAGACAGUCGACGAGCUCAUGGCCCGAGACAACGGCGGCCUCUCUGAUUCGUUCAAAGACCGGUCCGGUGGAAGCUACCGGGCCUGGAUGCCUUGCAGCACGUACAGCAGGGGCGGUUCAUCGAGCCAAAUGAGCCAGUCGCGUUCGUGGUUCAAGGAUAUCAUCCAGCUCAUCGGGCCGUCCAACCUGCCGCACGUGGAGGACUACUGCGAGAGGAUGUGGUGCAACGACAAGCUGAGGAGGAAGCACAAGAGCAUGCUGGAGAAGUACCGCCAGGCCCAGGAGAGCGCCAGGAAGGCUCGUAGCAAGAGCUCUGGUGAACGCAACCGGACGCCACGAGAUCUAAGAGCACAGGAAGAGUACUGAAGCGAAUGAGAGAAACUGUAAAAAACAAAAAACAAAAAGAAAGAAAGAUAAACUGAAGGUGGAAAAAGAGACAAUUAUGGUUCAGGAAAAGCUCAAUGGGGCGGCAUAGAACAGCGUUGUUGUGGUUGAAUCUUUCUUACGCAGAUCUGUAAGAAUACGAUCAAUUUUAGUGCAUAAAAAUCUGUAAAAUACUCUGAGGAAAGCAUAACUAGAUUUUUAAAAAAAACUCCUAAAGGCUGUCUCGCUUAGUGUCGCAACAGUAAGCGAGACAGUACGUGAGAGCUUUUAAUUUUUUCUGAAGUUGGUGUAUAAAAUUGAUGUAUGCAUAUGUCGUGGUUCUGGCUGUCGCCCCUGAAAAAGACAGAAGUGCUCGCUUGUCUGGAAAGACGAGUGCAACAAGAGACUGCGAUGCUGAACUGAACAGGUUGUUGCAGAUGUAAUAAUGUUGACAUUGCUAAAGAAAAGAGGACUUACUCUCUGAGGAUGCUUUUUAAAGUCGUGGUUACCAAGGACUCCUCGCCCUCUCACACUUUUGUGCUUGUAUUCUUCUAUUGUCACUGAAAUGACAUUAAUUUCUCAAAUCAUUCUUCACAAAGAAACCCUUACAAAAACAGAAAUUAGCUGUGGGCUGACAGCAGGUUCUGACGUUUGUGUUGGCUCACAUCAAAUUGUUCAUUGUCUUUUGCAAAUGCAGCUCUGACACACUUACACACACACACACACACACAUUUCCAUGACUUUUUUGGAUGCGUUUCACACAGUGCAAUCACUGGACUCAUUUCCUCCUCACUUUGCCUUUAAUGGCCCGUGUCUCUUACCUUACUCUGCCUUGGAUUUAUUAUGAAAUCUUCACGUGUGACUUCCAGCUCAUCACUGACUUUCCAGCAUAUUUAUACGAGGAACCAGUGAAGCUCACAGGUUUAGACACUGACUUGCUCUGAUAUUGCCCGUAUACAUGGACACACGCUCUUACAUUCCUUACAUAAGCUCGCUCUAACUAGGAGCUACCAUGAGACGACUGUUGAUGGUUCAACAGAUUAAAGGCACAUUGCUUUAUUUUUACUUCCGUGGGCUAAACUUUCCAUUAAACACCAGCUAGAAAUCCCGACUCACCAAAUCCUUAAAAGGGAUAUUUCACAUUGGCUUGUUUUUGGUUACAACUCUUGGAAUGUAUUUAAAGGUAACAGACAAUCUCUGAUAUUUGAGGAACCCUAAGAGCUUCAGUAGAAGGCAGCUGGGCUUCUCUUUUUCAUCUGGUUGUCUCCUGCUGAAGCUCUUAGGAUUGGAAUGACCUUGAUCAGCGACAAUCUUCCUCGAGGAACCUUGUACACCUCAGUGCAGUGAACACCAAGUCUCAUUAAGCCAAUCCAGCAAGAAUAAUCAUUAUUGUUACAAUCUGUUAACCUUUGCAUUUAUUUAUUUUUUUUACCUGAGUAAUUGUUUAGUCUUUAAAAAGUUCAAGUCCAAGGACACAUUUACAGAUUCUUGUUUUCUUUCCCAGCACUGGUAAAAAAAAAAACAGCCGCCGCAGAAGAAAUUAUACAACCCCUCCUCUCUGUGGUGACCUCACCUCACACUUUAAUCAACCACUAAACUCUUUUUCCCACAGUUUCUCUGUGUGCCGAAGCGUUCCAGCGAUAAUAGAGAGAACAAUAGAAGGGGUCAAGUGUAAUGGCCUGCUCCUCUUGUGCUCUGUGCUUUGUAAAUAGCAGUUUUAACAUGGUUUAUGGUCUGAACACAGUGUAAUCCACAUGGUUAUUGUCUCCAGUUUUGUUGUAAAAAUAUGACUUUUAUGGAUUAUGAAUUCAGGAAAACAUUCUCGUCCAAAUUAACAGGUGGAGAAAAAAAAAGAGCAGAGAUGGAGGACAUGUGUCAGCAGUGGAGGGAUUGAAACUGAAAAAUGAACCAGCCUUGUAUAGAGUGAAAUGUGAGCAUUGUGCACUGGGGUUGAUUUGAGUUCACAUGAGGGAAAAAAAAGCAACACAUUCUCCAAAUUGAACAAUAAAAUCCAUUUUGUCCAUGUCCUAUAGGAUGACACGCCUAGCAGCAGGACGCUAUGAGUUCUAUCUGUUGAAAAGUGAAUCAGUUUACUGAUCUGACGUUGCUGUUGUUAAGGUUUGUUUAGGUUCUGGCACAAAACUACGCAGAUAAGGGUUAGUUUGAGCUAAAUUUUAAGAAUUUCCAUCGUUAUUGCUACAACAGUAUCUUUUCAACUAAGUUAUAGAAGCUGAAUGGAUUUAGUUAAAAGCAGUGUUGACUGUUGGGAUAAAACCAGACUGAUUUCACAUUUAAUUUGUUGUCCAAAUGCUCCACACUGAAUAUUAGUUCAAGUGGCACCAGCAAACGUAAUCACUAAAGCCAUUAAAGGACAGAAUCACUAAAACACUGACAUGUUUUUGGAUGAUUUGUGAGAAUUAAGGGACUUUUUUGUCUUGGAAGGUUCCUCUAAAACAUUAAAAAAAGAUAGGAGUUCUGAAAAAACAGGAACUGGGCAAUGAGAAAGGACGCCACGCUUCAGGUUUACUCAGGGCUGCAUUGGAUUGAGAUCUUUGGAGCAUCUGUAAUAAAACAAACUUACAACUGAUCAGCUGACGUGUCAGUAAAAUGUCAUUUGUUUUAGACUGAUUCUUUCAAAACGGAUCGCGUGGUAAAUUCAGAAUACACGAUAAAGGCUUGGCAUAGGAAUUAUAUUUAAACUGAACAAAAA